UAUCUAGAGAACAAAAUCAGUAAAGAAGAAAAAAAAGAUGUUCGUUAUGAGAACAAAACAUCAAAUGCAAACUUGCAAAUGUCUCUUCUUGUGAGCUUUUUAACAUCAGGAAGGAGUUUCAAGUAUGUAUGAAGAACACAGACACUUGACAUGGAUGUUAAUGUUGCUGUUUCUGUCAGGUGUUCUCUGCAAUAUGUGGAAAGUGAAGCAUCAGCAGCGUCUUAUUUGUGCAGUAAAAGGCUCCUCAGUCAUUUUUCUUUGUUCAUUUCACAAUCCUGCCAACCAAACAGUGAGGAGGGUCCUGUGGGGUCACGCAAAGCCUGCUACUUUAACGGCUCACUUAAUUUCUAGCAGUUUACGAACUCUUUUCACAAGAUUCCAGUACAUCGGAAACACAUAUCACAAUUGUUCUUUGAAAAUACACCAGGUGGAGCGUAGGGAUGCAGGGAGAUACUUUGUCAGAUUUAACACCAUGUCUAAUAGACCUCAUGAAGAAAAUGCCCCAGUACUGAAGGUUGUUGAUUUGACUAUUUCUAUGUCAAAACAUUCUGUAAAGGAAGCAAUACGGGAAGGCGACUCUGUAAAUCUCACCUGCAUGAACAGUUGUGAUGGUGGUAAGAUUUCAUCUGCGUACACCUGGUUUAAGAAUGGAGAGCCCCUACACGAAGGAGCAGCGAUUUAUUUAAGAAACUUGUCCCCCACAAGCUCUGGAAACUACACUUGUUCUCUAAAAACACACUUAGGAUCAACUUCAAGAGUCCUGCGUAUAGAUGUUGAAUAUGGCCCUAGGAACACCACAGUGCUUGUCCAACCACCUUUGGGGGCAGACCCUGGCAGCGACUUUACCCUGAUUUGCAGCAGUCAUGCAAACCCCCCCGUGGAGAAUUAUACAUGGUUCAGAAUAGCUGCAGGUGAUUCUGUAAAUGUUGGACAUCAGCCAGUGUUCCACCCUAGGGACAGUGACCAGUAUUUAUGCAGUGUCACCAACAAACACGGAAGUCAAAACUCCUCUGUUGUCACUUUAAACAUUAAAAAGAAUUGGCCAACGUUUUGGGGAUACAUACUUGUCAUUGUAACAGUUGCUGUAGUUCUCAUUGUGACCGCUUUUAUUGCUGUUAGAAGACUUAACAAAAAGCAAAUGAGGUCACCGGUGGAAGGUGGUGAGAAAGAAUCACAGAACACAGAUCAUGUCAACAGGCUCUCAGUGUGUGAUGAUAACCAAUCACAAAAGAGGGAUCAGAGUGAGGGAGAAACCACUGAAAUCGUCUACGCGGCCAUUUACUUCCACAACAAAAGAAGGCCAAACCUGGAGCAGCAGAAGAACACCCAAAGUGAAGAUGUCAUUUACAGCACAGUGUGCAGACCAGUUUGUGCAGCUUUGAACCACCUGCAGAACCGACAGGAGGCAGUUGGCCCAAUAUAUGCCUCCCCUAAAAGAAAGCAGCCUCCAUAUCCUGAAGAGGGAGCCUGUUUGUUAAAGGGGUCAAAGUUCUAGUGACGUCACACUGGGUGAACUUGUGAGGAGAGGAACGGUGGCCUGCCCACACUCCCAUACUGGCCAUUCAUGUCCCAAGAUUUUGGGAUUUUCUGUUUGAUUCCAGCUCCAGUUUGAUUUCUUUGUCAUUUUGUAUUAUUUAUUACUUGUUGUGUUAUUAUUAUAAUGUUGUGAGUACUGUAUUUUAUUUGUGCAUUUUCCCCAUUUUUCACUAAUAUGAAUGCUCUGCAUUCUCUUGCCAAGUGUUAGCAUUAAUUUUGGUGUUUGUCUCGUUUUAUCUCUUUUCUCUGUCCUCACCUGAUUUCCUGUUGUGUAAUCCCUAAUCAACCCUCGGUGUGUAUGUAUAUUCCUUUGCCGUGUUGUUCAGUUACGUUCCUGAUGGUACUCUGUACUGUUCUGGUCUCCUUUGUGCCUUUUGGAUUUUGCUAUUUGGAGUUCCUUUUUAAACCAUUUUGUAUUGGAUUUAUUUCCUCCAUUAAAGCUCACUUUCUGUUGAACA